AUGACCACAACCUCAGUCACGACGCAAACGUUCACCAGGAAUGCACCCCCUGUGAUGAUUAUGAGCGAGCCGGAGCCUGUGCAGACGAUCGAGACAACGCUGGUGGUGGUGGGAACGAACACCACGUCGCCUGACUUCGAGUCGACGAUCGUGUCUUCCAUCUCAGCAAUCUUGGGCGUAGACCCUCGACGCGUUGCUGUCACAGGUUCAACUCAGACCUGGGCCGCAGUUGUGGAGAAUGGAGUGCCGGACGACGGAGGGCGGCUUCUGCAGAGCCGCGAGCUCUCGAUUUUGGAGCGCGCCCUAGAGGUGAACUUCCAAGUCGCGAUGCCCGCUGAAAGCGCGGAGGUCACGACGGCCUCCUCGCAGGUCGAGGCCAUGGUUGCGGCCAUCUCCGACAUGAAGGCCAAUCCAGGCGAGCUUCUCGACAAGCUCUCGGAGGUCCUGCCGAUCGACAACCUACGCCUCCGCCUGACCACGCCCUUCGUGAGGCAGAAGCAGGCGGUGUUCGUUGCGGAGGAUUGGGGGGCCUGUGCCAGGGGCCUCGCCUGCGUUGCAACGCGCUUUCCGCUGCGCUACCGCCAGGUUUGGUGCGCAGACUCUGACAAUGUCUCCAUCGCCCUGCUUCCAGAGCUUUGCUCCGGACUCAUGCCCAGGAUGGAGGAGCCGUGCCCAGCUAACCUCAUCCCGCCUGAGUGUGGCUGGACCAUUGGAAGCUGGUCACCAUGCUUCUCUUUGCCACCUUCCGAGGUGACAGACAACGCGACCGAGCAGUGCAAUGCCACCGGCAUGGGCAAGCAGUAUCGGGGCGUCUCUUGCUUAUCCUCGGGCAGCGUCCCGGAAGCCGAUGAGUGCAAGCUGCCUCGACCCUCAGGGGAUCGGUCUUGCCGUUGCAUCUCCAGCCAGGUGUCGCAACUCUCGCUGCUAGACCAGGGCAUGGGGGACUCCAGCGUCCAGGUGGCAUCCGCAAGCAUGACGCUGGUGGGCGUACUGACGGCCUGCAUCCUUUGCACCUGCAUCUCCUUCGGCUGCUUCCUGUUGACAAGCCGGAAGUCGACGGCAGUGAAGAAAGCAGAUGCCCUGGCUGAGUUCGAUAGUUACGUGCUGACGAGCAAGGAGAAGCAAUACAAGCAGCGCGUCGCGCCAGCAGCACCUGCCCAGGAACAACAGGACGUCACUGUAUGCGUGGCAAACUCCCGGCAGAACACGCGCGAACUCACAUCUGACUUUGAUACAGCAUCCACGGCCAGCGUGGGGUCUGCGAUUCCCUCUCCAACUUCCACUGGCUCCAGGACCACCCAGAUGGCACCUUUGGCGUCGCCCUGCUCUGUUUCCUCUGUGGCUUCGCAGCCGGUGAGAAUGUCACCCCUGCCAUCGCCUUCCACGCUGUCAAUUUCCUCCAUCAGCGCUGUCCUGCAGUCCCCGGCGCAUUCCGCCGGCUAUGGCUCAGGCGCAGCAGAGUCUGGUGAAACAGUAUUCCUAGCGUUGAGCUCCCCAAGCAAUGCGGGCAGCCCGACCCGGUCCCCCCAACGCCGGCCUACGCUGCCCGCCGUCUCGGAGACGGAGGCGCAUUUGACGCAGACGAGCCCAGAACCGCCAGUCGACCAUCCACACUCCCUGGCCUCUGACGAGCUGAGAUCGGCUCAGGUUGCUUCAGCGCGGCCGCGAAGGAAGAAGAACGCACCCCGGCCGCCCACGCUGCAGAUGGACCUUUGUGGUCCGGAGGAGGAUCAGGACGCCGUACCUUUUGCUUCGCCCUCCAAGCGCUCGCCUCAGAAGGCUCGAGACACUCCCGCCGAGCGUGGCGACUUCUCCCCGGCGUGGUUGCAGCCUCGGGGAGACGUCAGCUUUCACAACAAGGCUUCCGGCACUCCGGCUCACUCGGUGAGGGCGGAGCUUGGAGUCGAUUCCCAGGAGCCACCGGCUUUGGCCCUUCCUCCACAGCCCCGGCUGCCGCGACCGCCAGCCUUGGAGAGUCCCGGACCGGUUCCCCCACCGCCAAUGCCACUCGAGAAUCGGCCGAAGCCGCCAGAAAAGCCACCAGAAG